GCUGGUUAUUCUGAUGCAAUUACUUCCGUUAUGCGUUCACAAGUAAUUGCUGAUUACAAUAGGUGUUUCCACUCCUUUAUAAGACCGCUGAUAUGACUGCAGAUAGCUUAGCUUUCUUUCCGUUCCUUGCAACGUUGUGUACUCCAAAGUACAAUUUUAUUUGAAGUAGGAAAUAGCCGUAGACAAGUCAGACGUGACGAAAAAAGAGCGUCCGACGGUUUCGAACGGGUCGACGAACCUACUCGAUAGGACCCAACUCUAGCGGGUGGACCACGAGCAGGCAGCUACAAAGAAAGACGUGGGAGCCGGCGGCCUUACGGCGCUAGGGCUGGCCGGGCAUUGGCCCACAUGGGGGCUUGUGUUUCCGCUACUUCCAAGGAGGAGAGCGAGCUAGCGAAACAGUUGCUGGGUGAGAAGAAGGGCAAUGACGCCCACACGGUGCGGCGGCUGUCCGCACUGGGCAUGACGGAGGGCAAGGUGUGGAUCACCCGGCAGACCUCCGACAUACACAAGGUGUUCAAAUUCGGCCAGCAGAUCAACAAGGGCCAGUUCGGGGUCAUCUACGUGGUCACGGACGCGGCAGGCGAGCGGUUCGCGUGCAAGCAGAUCAGCAAACGCAAGCUGACGGGGCCAACCGCCAUCCGGGAUGUACGGCGGGAGAUCGAGAUCCUGCACCACUUGAGAGGUCACCCCAACGUGAUCACCUUCCACGGGGCGUACGAGGACAGCGAUGAUGUGUACCUGGUCAUGGAGCUGUGCACGGGCGGCGACCUGUUUGAGCGCAUCGAGGCCGCCUCCGCCAUCACGGAGCGAUCCGCCGCCGCCCUGUUCCGGGAGCUGGUGGAGGUGGUGUCGUACUGCCACACGCUGGGUGUACUGCACCGGGACCUGAAGCCCGAGAACUUCCUGAUCACACAGCCCGGCCCCGACGCACGCACCAAGCUGGCCGACUUUGGCCUCAGCUGCUUCUUCCGCGAGGGGCAGCAGUUCUCGGAGGCGGUGGGGUCGGCGUACUACAUGGCACCAGAGGUCAUUGAGCGGCAGUACGGCAAGUCGUGCGAUGUGUGGUCGCUGGGGGUGAUCCUGCACAUCCUGCUGUGCGGCUGCCCGCCCUUCAGCGGCGCCUCGGAUGCGGACAUCAUUAAGGCGGUCAAGAGCCAGGCCCUGGACCUGUCGGAGCCCCCCUGGCCCUCCAUCUCGCGCCCCGCUCGCCAGCUGGUGGGGCUCAUGCUGGACAAGGACCCGGCGGAGAGGAUACGGCUGGACCAGGUGCUGGCCCACCCCUGGCUGCGGCUGGACAGCAGCGCCCCGCAGCGACCCAUUCCAAGUGGUGUACGCGACCGCAUCAGCCGCUUCCGCGCCUUCAACACCUUCAAGCGGGAGGCUCGCCGCAUCCUGGCAGCUGCACUGCCGCCGGAGGAGGUGGCGGGUCUCAAGCUGUUGUUCGAGGAGCUGGAUGCGGACCGAGACGGGCUGCUGUCGGUGACUGAGCUGCGGGACGGACUGGCGCGCAAGGGGGACGUGCUGAGGGGCGAGGAGGUGGCGGCGCUGCUGAAGGUGGCGGAUAUCAACGCGGACGGAUUCAUAGACUACUGCGAGUUCGUGGCCUCCACCUACACCCUCAGCAAGAUGGUGCAGCAGGAGGUGCUGGCGAAGGCCUUUGCGCACUUUGACAUCAACCGGGAUGGCUUCAUCAGCAGGGACGAGCUCUCCCAGGCCCUCUCCCAGCUGCCCCCCUCCGCUGCCGGCGGCCCCAGUGUGGCGGCCCUGCUGGCGGAGGCGGACCUCAACCGGGACGGCAAGAUUGACUACCGGGAGUUCUGCAACAUGGUGCUGGCCUCGGG